AUGACAGCUGUCCUAUUCGAAAUCCAAGCUGAUCCAUCGUUACGAUCAAUCACUCUAGCAGAUAUUCAUCAAAUCAGUGAGUUUACGGAAGAACAAGAAGUGCUCUUCUCCCUCGGUGCAACAUUUCACAUUGAUUCGAUUGUGUUUGAUGCUAAGUUAAGUCUCUGGAAAGUGCAACUGAAGAGCACAGACGACGGAUGGGAGCGUGUUCAAGAGUAUUUGCAAUUAGCCGAAGAUGAAAUGAAAGAUACGAGCCCGAUGAUCUACUUCGGUAGUCUUCUUCUGCACGAACUUGGACAGGUGGAACAGGCUGAGAAAUACUUCCGAGUUCUUCUUAAAACACUUCCAUCUGACCAUGUAGAUAUUGCUGCAUUGAAAAUUGGUCUCGGUCAUAUACAUACCAAACGAGGCGAUUAUCGGUUAGCAUUGCAAGAGUACGAACAAGCCUACAAAAUUCGGCAAGACAAAUUGUCAGUUCUUCAUCCUCGCAUCGCUACUUCGUUACGAAAUUUCGGCAAUACGUAUCGAGCUAUGGGUGAUUUUGAUCAGGCUCUUUUCUAUUUUCGGGAAGCGAUGAAAAUCAACGAACGAAACUAUUUGACUGAUCAUAUUUGUGUAGCCAUGACUUUUGAAGAAAUAGCUUUGACUUUUCAAGGCAAAACUCAAUGGGAAACUGCUCUGGUCUGGUUCGAAGACGCGCUGGAAAUUUUCAAACGUAUAUUGCCUUCGCAACAUCCACAAAUUGCUCAAUGUCUAGGACAUAUCGGUAAUUCGUAUCGAUACAUGAAACAAUUUGAUUGUGCACUGGAAAACCUUCAUCGAGAACUCGAAAUGGAUGAACUAUGUCUGCCGUCAAAUCAUGGUCAUGUUUUUAAUGAUUUAUCUCGAAUAGUUGAUACGUAUCGAGCAAUGCAUGCAUAUGAUCAAGGUUUGAAAUUCUGUCAAGAAAAGCUAGCCAUGUAUCAGGAACUCUAUGGUGAAAAUCAUCCUCGAUUUGUGAAUACUCUCUUACGCAUCGUUAGUUUGCUGCUCGAUAAACCUUCCAUCAACAAAGCCUUGCGAGCGUGUCAACGUGCAUUAGCAAUAGUAACAAAUCUCGUGCCAGCGAAUAAUUCAAUCACUACUGAAUCGCUGGAAUACAUUAGUCAUAUCUAUCAACUUCGAGGCGAAUUCGAUGAGAGUCUAAAUUAUCGACAACAACAGUUAGAAUACGAGAAAAAAAUCCAUCCAGUAAAUCAUCGCAACGUUGGUCGAUUGCUUGUGUGCAUUGGAACAAUUCAUUAUGAGAUGCGUUAUUACACAGUAGCACUCAAUCACUUCUAUGAAGCUUUGGCGGUAUAUGAAAGUAUCCAUCCACAAGACAAUGACAUGAUCAACAGUGUUCGCGAACAGAUCAUGAGAUGCGAAAAAGCACAGGAAAGGUUGAGAAAAUCACGAAAAACUUCGCUGACCAGAUUUCCUUCUAGUUCGGGAUCGAGAUCAAGAUCAAGAUCGGGAUAUCGUUCCAGUUCAGCCAUUGUAUCCGAUCGUGAUGAUAAUCUUGUCUCUGACCUAAAACAACUGAAUUUGAAAAAUCCGAACAAAAAACUGUCGAAACCAAAGCUGAAACGAAAAUCUCGAAAAAAAUCGAUACGCUUCAGAAACUGA